AUGGACUUCUCUCUGGGCCUACGCUUGGGGCCUCGGAACAAGAAGGCCACCCACCAACAGCCCCCUAUCCCCUCUGGGCACGGCCCACCAACUGCCUCUCCUUGUCUGUCCUGUCAGCCCUCUGUCCGUGCCUGCCCCUGCCCUGGCUGUCCCCCUCCCACCUGUUCUGGCACUGCCUAUCCCUCUUAUGCAGCUACGUGCCCCUCCUGUCCCAGCCUCCCUGGCCCACCCUGUACCUGCUCCUGCCCUCCCUGCCCUCCUUGCCCUGCCUGUCCUCCCUCGACUUGUCCCCACAGCUCCUGCAUCCCAUGCCCUGGUCCACAGGUGACCUGCUGCCACCUCUCCCCUUGUCCCAAUUACCCUUGCUCCAAGGGCCGAGCUUCCUGUCCGACCUCCUGCUUGGGCUGCAGUGACAGCUGUGGCUGUGGCCGGGGGGCUGCCUGGGGGCCUCCAGGCUCCAUUGGCCGCUGUAACUGCUGCUCCAGGGGACAACGCCCCUCUCAGAGGCACUGUCUCAUAGUCUAGGUGGGCUGUUGCCCACCUGAGAGAUUGUCAGUCCCCCGGAGCACUGCUGGAGCUGCUUCUUCAGGAGGGAGGCAGAAGCUCUGGGCAG